GGCCAGCUAUGUCUGGCGCUCUCUAACCCCCACUCCUCGCUCGUCUUUGCUCUCGACACGCCCUGCAGCCAAGAUGAUGUCCGUUAUGCCCCAGCCUGCUCACCAACCCGCUCUCAACCCCGCCCAUCUGCCCCUCCACGUCGACAGCCACGAACCCCAGGACGUGCAGCUCAACGAGCUCGGUGAUCUCCAAGACGCCCUGGAGCCGUUCGCGCAAUUGAUCCGCAAGUCCGGUCACUCCGUACGGUUACACUGUACCAUCCCGACCGCAUGCUCGUCCUCGGCAUCUUACGACCUUCAUGACCUGCACGAUCUUCGCACGCGUUCGCUCCUAUUUGUCCACAACCUCAUUGAGACGCUCAGGGCCUCUGGGAUCCCUGCAUCAUAUCGGUUACAACCAUCCAACUCUCAUCUCUGCGUCAUCUGUGCCCUGCCGAUGGGCCUUGACGCAAAUCGCAUGAAAGCGGCGGCGGUGGCAGCUGUCGAAAAUGCUCGCUUCGAAUGCCGCAGCGAGAAAGCCUUGCUCGCUGAUCUCCAGGACGGACUUGCUCUUAUAAUCACAUAGUAUCCUAGCAUCUAGUUUUCUGCGUAUCGUCUCAUCUCUGGGUCGUGGCUCUCGUUGUUCGUCCCCUUAUGCACCGGAUGUAUCAUUAUCGUUCCUACAACAUACCACCUGCGGCCAUUCCUCAUAUCUCAUGCUAUGGAACAUCUCCAUGGUCUCUUCGACGCUUUACAAUGACAUGGUCUUUCUCCGAA